AUGACUGCGUUAGAUACUAAAGAGCUUCCCAAGAUACUUAAGGAGCAUAUGGAAGCACUGAAGGCUGCUGUUGGGGAAGGAAACUUCACCGAAGCAGCUGCUAAAGCGAAAGAGGCUCUGGAGAUGGGUGAUGAAUUCACUCUCAACAUCGCUGUCACGGGGGAGGCGAGCUCUGGAAAAUCGUCCUUUGUCAACGCCAUCCGGGGCCUGGGGGAUACAGAUAAUGGUGCUGCUGCGAUAGGGGUCACUGAAACGACAAUGGAGCCCACUCCUUACCGACACCCUAAAUAUCCAAAUGUAACAGUCUGGGAUCUGCCAGGGACUGGGACACCAACGUUUAAAUCAGACAAGUAUCUCGAGAAGGUGGAGUUCAGCCUCUAUGACUUUUUCAUCAUCAUCUCCUGCACCCGCUUCAAAUACCACGAUAUUCAACUCGCCCAGGAGAUCCAGAAACAGGGGAAGCAGUUUUACUUUGUGCGCUCCAAGGUGGAUCUGGAUUUGACAAAUGAAAAACAACACUAUGAUGUGGCGGGAAUCCUGAAGCAGAGGAAAGCUUCCACGGAAAGGGCACGUCAGUACAGUGAGAGUGCGAUCCUCGAUCCCAUCAGAAAGGACUGCAUCAAACAGCUGAAAGCAGGAGGGGUGGCCUCCCCCCAGGUUUUUCUUGUAUCUAGAUGGGAGUUAGGCGAGUACGAUUUUCCCAAAUUGCAGGAAGUGCUAGUGGAUGAGCUCCCCGGUCACAAGAGACGCGCUCUCCUACGAUCCCUGUCCAAGAUGGUUAAAGAAACCUUGGAGAAGAAAAGAGAACAACUGCAAACACAGAUAUGGCUGAAAAGUCUGGUGUCAUGCGGAGUCGCUGCUAUUCCUAUCCCAGGUCUCUCCGCUGUUUGUGAUGUUGCCAUGCUGGUGACGUCGCUGAAAGAGUACUGCAGGGACUUCGGCCUUGAUGAAAAGUCUCUCGCUGCACUUGCUAGACAGGCUGACAAGACCAUUGCAGAGCUGAAGGCCAUUAUAAAGUCCCCACUGAGUGAGGAAAUAACAAAAGAGCUUGUAAUUAUGCUACUGACCAAGUGCGGAGCUGGGGCAGUGCAAUAUUCAACCAUUUUCUUAAAAUUUAUACCUGUGGUAGGUGCUGUGGUAGGUUCUGUGGCAGCUGCAGCAGUUUCGCUUCCUACCACAAAGCUCAUGCUGCAGGAUUUCCUGGAUAAUAUUGCUGCUGACACUGCACGAGUUCUGGAGGUG